AGCGACGGAGGCGGCGAUCGUGGCGGUUGCGGCGGAGACGCUCUGGAGGCCAAUAAAUCUGGUGUCUCUUCUGGGUGUGGUGGCCGUCAUCGGCGGUUCUUCCUCCAGGAUGGUGCGCGGCUUGUUUUGCUCGGCUUCUUCUUGGGCGGUUCCUUCGUUGGUGAGUUGCAUGUGAGCCUUUUGUUGCCCCCUCUUUACAUUUUUGUCUAUGUCUAUAAAUGAUGCUGGCACCCUGCGUUCUCCGAAAAUCAACUGAUCCUCUUUUCGCACUCCCAUCCCCUGCCGCGCGGCCCUCGUGACCGACGUACGUGAAAGCGCGGUAGCAGUUCCAUCACCGGUACUCUGGCGCGCCGCUGCACUUAUUGCCGUCACUCACCUCACCUCCCUUACCCGUAAAGUCACUCGCGCGUCUCCAUACUCCAUCAAUCGAGCUAGCUUCCACAAAAGCUUGCAUACACAGAUACUUGUACGUACAUGGGCAAGAAGCCCGGCGGCUCCGGCGCCGCCGCCGGGUGGCUGGCCACGGUCCGGAAGGUCUUCAAGAAUUCCAAGGACCAGCGCCAGUCCAAGAAGAAGGGCGGCGAGGUGGAGGGCACCGCGGGCGGCGAGGCGGCAGAGAUUGUCUCCUUGGACCACUUUCCGACGGCCGAGACUUCGCCGGAGGUGACGAAUGAUGGCAGCGGCGCCGUGCUCUGGAGGGAGAAAGGAGAGCACGAGGAGGUGGCGGGUGCCAGGAAGGGCCGCCGGGGCAUGGGAGCAUUGACUACGGCAGCGGCGAGGACGGCCACCGCGCGCGGGAGGGCUGGCAGCAGGGAGGAGCGAGCCGCCGUGCGCAUCCAGGCGUUCUACCGGGGAUACUUGGCGAGGCGAGCCCGGCGCGCGCUGCGGGGGCUGGUGCGGCUGCAGGCGCUGGUGCGCGGCCACCAGGUGCGGCGCCAGGUCCACCUCACCAUGCGCUGCAUGCAGGCGCUCGUCCGCGCGCAGGCCCGCGUCCGUGCCCGCCGCCUCACCUCCCACCCCCAGCGCCGUCGUCCCGGCAUUCUUGCGGACCUCGUCCCCAGCCAGCAGCGCGAGACGCCGGCCGCUGUACAGGUGCAUCAGGCUCCUCAACGGCACAGCAGCGCCAGCCAUUCCCUGGAGGGAAGAAGAAGGUGGGACGCCGUUCAGGCUGACGAUGGCAUGCCGCGCCGGCACGACGCGGUGGCCGCGGUUUGGGGCGAGAGGGCCCCUGCCUACGAAGCAUACGGAUUGCAGCAUCAGCGGCAGCUCGAAGAAUUAAAAGACAGCAGGGAUGAGCGCCGCGGCGGCUGGCACUGGCUGGCGGACUGCCACACCGGCGUGCAGCCAAAGCAGGACAUCCAGCACGGACCGGCCGAGACGUCCUACGUGACUGCGGCUGCCACCGAAGGCGUCUCGGAGAACACUGUUGAGAUGGAGGACUCCAGGAGGAAGAGCCCGACGAGGGACCUCUACCCGGUCCGUCAACCGUCUAUCGAUAUCCCGGGUUACAUGGUAGCGACGCAGUCGGCGCGUGCCAAGGCUCGCAUCGCGCUACCGGCUGCUCCGAGGGCAGGCUCCCGGAGCCGGUCCAGAUCGGGGACGACGCUCAGUGGUGCUUCGACGACGUCCACAGCAAACUUAGGCUGGAGCAUGAGCCACAAUGGUGGCAACGGCGGCUGCGCCAGCGCCAGUGCGCCACAGCAGAGAGCUGGGCAUAGCCCGGAGUCUAGCUGCAGUGGUGACCGGACGCCAACAGUAUUAGGCGGCCGAAGCAGGCUGGCCUUUGUUUGAGCUUGCCAUGAAAAUGAUCAUGUACAAGGGCUUGGCGCAAUGCUAAGAGUGGAAAGUGUUUUCUCGUUACAUGUUUAGCAAUUUGUACUAAAAAACACUACUGGAAACCGAUUUUUUUCUAUGCGUGUCAAAUUUUCCUGAGUGUUUUUUCAAGUACGCACAGGGAAAUCAUAACUUUUCUCGUUACAUGUUUAGCAAUUUGUACUAAAAUGCACAAUGUGAUUGUUGUUAUUUUCUAAAAUCAUAACAGGCACUUGAUAUUAUUAGACUGUA